CUCUCACUUCAUGCUUCAUAAUCUAAGCAAACAGCUCAACCAUCGCCAUCAUCAUCACUGUUUCCGUUUUCUUAAGCCUUCUCUCCCCACUGAUCUCUUGCACUAUUUUUAUUCCCAAUAGAAGCUAAGCCUUCUUAUAGCAAGAGAAUAAUAGAAUAGUAAGAAGAACAGGUUAUAUAAAUCAAUCUUUCCCCAAUAAGUGAGUAUAAAGAAGAAGAAGAGGAAGAGGAAGAAGAAGAAGAAGAAACCCUGGUGAUUGGAAUUAGUGUGUGCGUAUAUAUAUAUAUAUAAUGGGGAAGCCGGAGGGAAAGCAGGAGAAAGCGAAGAAUAACAAAAAAGACGAAGGGAUGAUGAAAAGCAGCAAAGUGAGGAAAGGCUUGUGGUCGCCGGAUGAAGACGAGAAGCUGAUGAGGUACAUGCUUGGAAACGGGCGGCAGGGCUGCUGCUGGAGCGAUAUUGCACGCAAUGCCGGCCUCCAGCGCUGCGGCAAGAGCUGCCGUCUCCGCUGGAUAAAUUACCUCCGCCCUGAUCUCAAGCGUGGUGCUUUUUCUCCCCAAGAGGAGCAAUUCAUCCUUCAAUUGCACUCCAUUCUUGGCAACAGAUGGUCUCAAAUUGCGGCCCGGCUUCCAGGAAGAACAGACAACGAGAUCAAGAAUUUCUGGAAUUCUACAAUCAAAAAGAGGCUCAAGAACAACAACACUACCGAUUCAACAUCCUCACCAAACAACAGCGACUCAUCCGGUCAGUACAUGCAGAAACAAGAUUUGAUCAUGAGCAUGCGGAUGGAUAACUCAUCGUCUUCGUCGUUGUCGCUGUCGUCCUCGUCUUCCAUGCAAGAAAUGCUGACAGCCAACUGCAUCUCCAACGUUAACCCUACUUUCCCAAUUCUACAACAUAGCUUUGAUUUAACAGCGCCUUCUGGCUUCAAUCUACCAACUUGUUUCCCACGGGUUGCAGCUUUAGGAGAUGGGUUCUAUGGGGAGAAUAAUGGGAUUUUGGGAGGAGGGUUUAUGGGUUUACAAAGUGAUCAGUUUUCUGUUCCUCCAUUGGGAAGUGGGGGCACGGUUGAGAAAAAUGAUGAGAAAACUAACAGUAACCAGCAGCUGAAUAAUGACGAUGAAGAGGGGAUCAAAGUAGGGGAAAUGCUUGGUUAUGGAGAUGAUUGGCAAGGGGAAAGCUUGAAACUUGGAGAAUGGGAUUUGGAGGGUUUGUUGGAAAACGUCUCAUCCUUUCCUUUCCUUGAUUUCCAAGUUGAAUAACUGGCAGCUUUUCUCCCUCUGGCGGGGAAUUUUUUGAAGAAAACAAUUCUUUCUUUUUAUGAGUAGUUUGAUUCAUUAAUUAAUUUGGGUUUAAUCAUUGGCUAGGUUGGUCUUGUUUCUUCCUUUCACAAGACACCUAGUCCCUUUCAAGCCAACAGCGAGAGCCCACCUACGUGAGACAAGUUGUGAAUAUAUAUAUAUAUAUGUAUAGUGGAUGGUUGUGAGAAGUUGUAAACAAAUAAAGAGUGGAUCAUGGGCUUACCACCAAAAAAAAGAGUGGAUCAUGGGUGAAUCAUUGUACUUUACUAUAUAUAGAAAAAAAGUAGAAUAAAUAAGGAUGAGAAGGUGGAGAUUGUUAAUUAGUUAUGAGUUGCAUCCCCCAUCGUAGCAUUGAAGCCAUUAAUGUAGCUCUCAUGUACAAUAGCCAGAAUGACGAGUGAAAAUUCUUGCAGUGAUAGAUAAGCAGAUUAAUAAACAUCU